UGUAUUAAGGGUCUCUAAUCCACCCUGGCUCUUCAUUAAACCCCAAUCAAAGCAAGAACAAAACAAAACAAGGCAACCCCUCAACCACCAAGCUACCCUUCACUCUACCUUUUUCUACCCUAUCACAAUCUCCCCCCCUCCCAAUUUCCCAAUUGCCUUUUCAAUUCCCUCUCAAAUCUCACUCCCUUGCUUCCUUCCUUCCCCCUCAUUUCCCCAUCUCUCUCCUUUUCUCUGCUAAAAGCUUAAAAGAGAAACAAAAAAAAUAAAAGCUGAGGACCUCCCGAACUUUGCACACAUGCAAAUUCACCACCAUCAACCAAAACCUAAACUUUAAGCAAUCAAAUUCCCAACCCUCUCUCUUCCCUUCCAUCCAUCAAUCUAUCACCAACAACAAAAAUAGAAACAAAUCUCAAUUUCCCCCAAAUUUUCUCCCUCAAACAAAAGCAAAAAAAUCCAUUCUUUCCUAUUACCCAUUUCUCAAUCUCCCCCAUUUUCAUCAAAAAUCCUCAUCCCCCUAACAAAAAUCCAUUCUUUCCUCCUCAUACCCAUUUCUCAAUCUCCCCCAUUUUCAUCAAAAAUCCUCAUUGCCCUAACCAAAAUCCCAUUCUUCCCUCAUCAAACCCAUUUCUCAAUCUCCCCAAUUUUCAUCAAAAAUCCUCAUCACCCUAAGAAAAAUCCAUUCUUUCCUCAUCAUACCCAUUUCUCAAUUCCCCCCAUUUUCAUAAAACAUCCACAUUACCCUAAGAAAAAUCCAAUCUUUCCUCAUACCCAUUUCUCAAUUCCAAUUGCAGAAGAGAAUUGAACAAGAAGAGAAUUGCAGAGAAAAGAGAAGAUACUACUAUUUUCGUUUUUCCCACCUUCAAUGUGGCGACCGUGGGGCAAAUCCAAAUCAACCACUCGAAUUCACAGUGCAUCUUCUUCACCUUCCUUCUCCUGUUCCUCCUUCAAAGACAUUCAAACCCUUUGCCUCGACGAACCACCGCCACAACCCUCCCCCAUCAGAAAAUCCACCGUUUUCCACCGAGUCCGACUCGCCAACUCGCUCCUCCGCACCUGGUCAACUCACUCCCAAAACCAGAACCACCACCACCAACAACAACAACAACAACAACCGAAGCUACCCAGAACCCUCUCCUACCCAGAUGACUCGUUACCUGACCUUCCACCUUCUCCCUCUCCGGCGCCGGAGAUUUACCUUCCGGGUACAGAGAAUCGUGUGGUGGUGUACUUCACGAGCCUGCGCGUGGUGAGGCCGACAUUCGAGGGCUGCAAGAGCGUGUUGGCCAUUCUCCGCGGCUUCCGCGUCCGAAUCGACGAGCGGGACGUGUCGAUGGACUCAGCUUUCACGGCGGAGCUGAUCCGGGUGAUGGGUCGGAGCAGGUUGACGCUGCCGCGUGUGUUCAUUGGAGGGAGGUAUGUUGGUGGUGCUGAGGAGGUGAGGCAGAUGAACGAGGUGGGGGAGCUGAAGAAGAUUCUUAAAGCGCUGCCGGAGGUGGAUCCGGCGGAGUGUGACGUUUGCGGCGGUCACCGGUUUGUUCUGUGUGAUGAGUGUUAUGGUAGCAGGAAGGUGUUUACUGAGAAAGCUGGAUUCAGAGUCUGCAUUGCUUGCAAUGAGAAUGGUCUUGUUAGGUGCCCUUCUUGUUUUGAUGAUCCAAUUUUAUUAUGAAUUUAGCAAUGGAAUGAAAAAUUGAAAAAAAUAUAAUCUCUUUUCUCAUUGAUUAGGAUCAGUUUUGUAGUUUUUUUGUGGGCGAGUAAGAACAUGUAUAGGCCCAUGAUCAGGUGGGGGAUUGUUGAUUGAUACAUUGUUAUGUGAGCAUCUCUAUCUCCUUCUGGAAUGGUUAAUAUUUUCAUGACCAUAUGUUAGCUAACUUGUUUUGCCUUUUGCUCUA